AUGCCCACAUUGUACCAGCACUAUUCCAAGGUCCAAACGGAGCAGCCAUCCGCUAUCGGCCACGUGGCGCAUCAGUCCGCCGUUAACCGCCUUAUUUUGGGCGUAGAAGCAUCGUGGCGCGACAUUUUGGGAGACGAAUUCAAAAAGCCAUAUUUUAUGAAGUUGGCACAGCAAUUAGAGACGGAGCGUGCCAAGUUCACAGUCUACCCGCCGGAAUCGCAAACGUUUAGAUGGAGCCAAUUGACACCAUUUGGAUCUGUGCGUGUUGUCAUCAUUGGACAGGAUCCGUAUCACGGUGAAGGUCAGGCCACUGGAUUAGCAUUUUCACUUGCAAAAGGGAGGCCGCCGCAACCGUCGCUGAGGAACAUUUUCAAAGAAGUGAAUGCCUGCAUAGCCACUAAAAUGGUAUUUCCCCAUGCCUCGCUUGAGUAUUGGGCUACGCAGGGUGUUUUACUUCUUAACACCACCUUGACAGUAAGGGCAAAUACCCCCAAUUCGCAUGCACAGUUCGGUUGGGAUAUCUUUACUGACAAGGUUAUUGAACUGGUGGCUCUCCAUGCCCCAAAACGAGUCGCAUUUAUGCUUUGGGGAGUACAUGCACGCCGUAAAGAGUCGCUGAUCAGACGAUGUGAUGGUGGAAAUCGGCACCUGAUUUUGACUGCCUCACAUCCGGUUUCCUUUACCGCAACAAGAGACUUUUUGGGUUGUGGUCAUUUUCGUCUGGCAAAUGAAUUUCUGUUGGCGCAGCACGAGUCGCCUAUCGACUGGGCCGUUGAACCCGGUAACAAUAAACAUGAAGAAAUUUAA